CAAAAAAAAAAAAAAAAAAAAAAAAAAAAAAAACCGGACGUCUUUGUUGAAAGCUAUAUCGUUAUGAGCGAGGCUGCAUCAUCAUUUCCGGCGGCUGCAUUUCAUCUUUCUGCUGUUGCGGUGUCUCCUGCCUGUGGCUCUACAAGUUUGGAACUGGAUAAGGAUGCGGUAUUCUUGGCGGGAAAGCAGGAGACGGCAGAGUCGAUGGUGGGAUUAGCAGGAGGAGGCAGAACAGGAGGAGAUGGAGGAGGAGCUGGACGAGUAGGAGGGGGAAGAGGAGCAGGAGGGGGAGGAGGAGCAGGAGCAGGAGGGGGAGGAGGGUUGGAAACUGCUGUGUUGAUGGCAGGAUUAGGAGGAAGGACAGUAGAAGGAGGAGGCAGAACAGGAGGGGGAGGAGGAGGGGGAGGAGGAGGAGGGGGGCUAGAGACUGCUGUGUUGAUGGCGGGAUUAGGAGGGAGAGGAGGAGGAGGAGGAGGAGGAGGAGGAGGAAGAGGAGGAGGGGAUGGGGAGGCGCAAGCUUAUACUGGUGAAUUAUGGCGAUAUCAUCCGUCUCCUGCAUCUCCUCUUCCUCCUCCUCCUCCUUGUUCUCCUCCUCGUUCUCCUCCUCCUCCCUUUCCUCUUCCUCUUCAGCUAUCAUUCUCGCCGGCACUUCCUCCUUUCGAUGCCCCAGUACCGACCAAUUCCUCCUCUCUUCAUCUGGUUUUCCCUCCUCCUCCUCCUCCACCUUCUCCUCCUCCUCCUUCUCCUCCUCCUUCUCCUCCUCGUCAUUGCUCUGGUAAUUUACCCCCAGAUGCAGAUCAAGGCGAUGUGAAGGAAGCAGCAAUGGGGGGAACUGCCGCGCAGAUGCGGAUUUCCAGGAAGAGGAGGAGGUUGCUCGCAAAGAAGGAGAAGCGGAAGAAGCGGCGGCGACUUGCUGCGGUCCUCGAGGAGGAGGAGGAGGAAAAGAGGAAAGCCGACCCGGAAUAUCAAUGGAGAGAGAAGAUGAGGGAGGUGGAGGAGGCAGUGAAGGAGCAGAGAGAGAGAAGACGCCAUGACGAAGAAGAACGGCUAUGGUGUGAAAGGGAGCGGCUGGCCUCCGAAGCCGCAGAGAGGAAGAUGAAGAUCAUGAUGGAGUUGGAAGAGCAGGAACGUCAACGGCUUCUGAGACUGAAGGGCGAGGGAGGAGCUGAUGGAGGAGGAGGAGGAGGAGGAGAAGGAGGUGGUGACGAUGGGAGAUGGCCAUCAUCCGCAUCAGCGGUAGCAGCAGCCGACGAAGAGGAAAAGGGAGAAGAAGAAGAGGAGGAAGAAGAAGAAGAAGAAGAUGCUGAUCAGUGGGAGUAUAUCGAGCGGGAGCUUCCUCCUGACAUCGUCUGGGUCGGCAACGAGAUCACUGUCACCAAAAGAACUGAGAGGAUGAGAGUCAGGAAAACCCUUGGCGGCGGCGGCGGUGGCGGCGAGAAUCCUCUGGCCCCACAGGACAAAAGUCGGUUGUUGUUGACGUCAACGGCGCAGCGGCCUGGUUCCUUGGGUCCGCAGUCUUCCGCGUUCGCCACUUUCCUCGCCGAUAAGAUGAUGACGUCAACGUCAAAUGCGCAACAACCGCCAGGUCGGCGGCUCACCAUUCGCCCUCCGUAUAAUCGUCCCUCCGUACGUAGCGGAGGAGGAGGGGGAGGAGGGGGAGAGGGAGGAGGAGAAGCGGGAAGCAGGAGCAGGGUCAUUGGUGGAGAUGGCGGUGCGGGCGGCGCUGUCCCUGGAGGAGGAGGAGGAGGAGACAUCUCGACGAUGACGACGAAGAAGGAGGAGUGCCCUUUUUACAAAAAGACGGGUUCUUGUCGCUAUGGAGAUCGUUGCAGUCGGGUCCAUGCUUGUCCCGAUACCUCCCCGACGUUGAUGAUUCGUGGAAUGUUCACCGGUCCCGGAAUGCUCCCUCUUCCCGGCGAACAGCAUGCCGACGCGUGGCUGGAACGUGAUGAUGACGACCUGCUUGAGAGCUUCGAGGAGUUUUAUGACGACGUGAAGUCGGAGUUUGAGCGGUUUGGCGAGAUUUACAAUUUCAAGGUCAGCAGCAACUCCGUCCCUCAUCUGGCCGGCAAUCUGUAUGUGCAGUACUGUACGGAGAGGGCUGCGGAGAAAGCACUAGAGGGUCUGAACGGGCGCUUCUACGCAGGCAAGCAGCUGAUCAUCGAGUAUUGUCCGGUGAUUAGGUGGCGCAGCGCGCUGUGCCAGCAGUAUGUUCAGCAGGAGGCCACGUGUCAGCAUGGGGGGCGGUGCAAUUUCAUCCACCCGUUUCCCAAUCCGAGGGGGGAAAUGGAUCGGGCAGAUCGGGAUCUGGGCAAUCCUUUCUGUGCCGGUCUGUCGAGGCGUAGCAGCAGAAGGGGUUGGGAUGGUAAUGCCGGCGGGGAUGGGCGGAACAAUGGGCGGAACGAUGGGCGGAAUGAUGGGGUCGGGGGAGAGAACAGCAGGAGCCUCGUGGGUGGUGCGGGGGGGGAUCGCCGCUUAGAGUUCGGUUGGCAUUCGCGUCAUCCACAUGACAAAAGAGGGAGAGAGAGGGGGAGGGAGGGAGAGUGGGGGAGGAGGGAGAGAGAGAGACCGCGGAGGGGGGAUCGAUGGGACCGCGACCGAACUGCAGCAGACUCUUCAUCGGAUGGGAGAGAGAGGAUUAGCGGGGCGGCGAGAAGGGAGGAGGAGAGGAGGAGGAGGAGUCGGGGGGAUCGGGACCGAAGGUUGGACGAGGAUCGGCGGGCUCAAUCUUCUUCGUCCGAUGUGGAGAGGACUAGUAGGGGGAGAAGGCACAGGAGGCGGGAUCGCGAUAAUCACGAUCGGGAUCGGGAACGAGGGGGAGAUGACCGGGAAGAAGAAGAGCCGUUGUCUGACGGAGAGCGGACUAAUAAGACGGCGAGAAACGGGGUGAGGAAGCGGCGGGGGGAUCACGGUCGGGAUCGAGAUCGAGGGGGAAGCGGCGACCGGGAAGCGGCUUCUUCCUCUGGCGGAGGUAGGGGUAGGACGGUGAGAAGGGAGAGGCGGGGGGAUGGUGAUCGGACUCGGGAUCGGGAUCGGGAUCGGGGGAAUGACCGGGAAGAGUCUUCGUCCGACGAAGAGAGCAGCAGGGUGAGGAGGGAGGGGAGGAGGAGGACGACGAGGAGGAGGAGGGAGGAGGAGGAGGAGGAUAGCUUCGCCUUCAGCAGCCGCCAUCACCGAGAAGAGAGACGGGGGCGACGCGAAGCUUCCCGCGACUGCAAGGACGACGAUCAGCGCGGCCAGAGGAGGAAAGCUCCCGGCAGAGGAUCAUCUGAUGAGCAGGAGGAAGAGGAAGGCAACGGUCAAAUCCAAGAAGAACGAGAGAGGAGGAGGAGGGGGAGGAGGAGAAGCAGUGGGGUAGAAAGGAGGCUGGAGAAUGAAGAUCGGCUAGGUGUUCAUCUUGAUGAGAGAGAGACGGGUUGUGGUUGGUCGAGAGCCGGCAAGGGUUCCGCACAUGACCUCGACUCAGGGGAUUGUCGGGAUGAUAAUGCUGAUGAUAACGCUGCUGCUGCUGAUGAUGAUGAUGAUGAUCGGGAUCGGGAACGCGACGAUCGCAGUGGUGUUGUUCGCGGCCGCAGCCUAAAAAAUACCAGCCGGGAACGACAUAGUGAUGAUCGGGAUCGGGAUAGAAGCAGGAGGCGUUUGACGAUUAGGAGUGCCGACGAGGAGGGUAUUCGUGCUAGAGUACCAGAUGAGUAUGAGGAUCAGGAGGAGAUAAGGAAUAAGGGCAGAAGUCAAGAAGAAGAAGAAGAAGAAGAAGAAGAAGAAGAAGAAGAAGAAGGUGGUGAAGAAGAAGAAGAAGAAGAAGAAGAAGAAGAAGAAGAAGAAGAAGAAGGAGAAGAUGGAGAUGGAGGUAGGCACACAGGAGGAUGGGAUAAGAAGAAAGCAACCAACACGUCCAGGAGAGAGAGGGAAGAGAGGGAGGCUGAUGCAGAAGGGAGGAGAGAGACAGAUGGGAGCUGUGGGAUAGACCGACGAGUGGAAGUGGUAGACGGUCAAGGAUCACAGGCAGACAGGAGCAGAGAAGGAGACGGAGAUGGAAACGAGGCCACGAAAAGUUUUGGCGGGAGGGAGAUGACGAAAGAUGGCGGGAGACAUGAGAUGACACAAAAAAUUGGCGGGAGAGAACGGACGAAAGGUGGUCGUAGGAAGGGGGGAGAGGAGCUGCGGAGAGAUGGUGGGGGGAGGGAGGGAAGGGAGAUGACCAGAGGUGAUGGGGGGAAGGGGGGGAAGGAGGGAGAGGAGCUGGCAAGAGAUGGUGGGGGGAGGGAGGGGAGGGAUAUGACGAAGGAUGAUGGGGGGAGGCAAGGGGGGCAGGUACCCAGAGAUGGUGGGGGAAAGGAGGGUGAGGAGCUGGCAAGAGAUGGUGGGGGGAGGGAGGGGAGGGAGAUGACGAAGGAUGAUGGGGUGAGGGAGGGGAGGGAGAUGACUGGCGAAAGCCGUGAAUCAAGGAGACCAGAUGAUAGAUCGGAGAGAGACGUCAGGUGGAGGCAGGGGAGGGAAGGGAGAGAGGUUUGGGGGGAGGAACAGAGUAGGAGAGAGUCGGGACAGAGUGGUAGACACAGGGAGCAUAAGGACGUGAGGGAGGAGAUCAGGGAUGAGGGAUCGGAGAGAGACGUCAGGUCGAGGCAGGGGAGGGAAGGGAGAGAGGUUUGGGGGGAGGAACAGAGUCGGAGAGAGUCGGGACAGAGGGGAAGACACAGGGAGCAUAAGGAAGUCAGGCAGGAGAGCAGGACUGGGGGAGAUGGUUCUGCGAGGAGGGAUAAGAAAAGGCGGCACAGAAGGGAGGAAGUGAGAGAAGACAGGAGGGACGGGGGGAAUGGGAUUGACGGUGAGGACAGGGAAGACGUAUGGAGGGGGAAAAAGAAACGAAGGAAGAAGCAAGCGGGGGAGGAGGAGGAGGAGGAGGAGGAGGAGGAGGAGGAGGUGAGGGUCCGUUGUGAUAACAGAUCAGAUGUGCCAAGUGAGAUGACAAUUGUGACAGGCGAGGGUGUGGUAGGUAUUCGCAUGGGGAGGGACCCUGUACGGAGCAGAAUAGGUGUUGGCGAUAAUGAUGGUUCAUCUAGUGAUAUGUUGGAAGGAUGAAAAAUAAAUAAAAAAUGCUUUAUUCU